CCGUGGAAGCGCAGGAACUACAACCAGGGAGUCGUGGGUCUGCAUGAAGAAAUCAGUGAUUUUUAUGAGUACAUGUCUCCGAGGCCGGAGGAGGAGAAGAUGCGGAUGGAGGUGGUGAGCAGGAUCGAGAGCGUGAUUAAGGAGCUCUGGCCCAGCGCCGACGUCCAGAUAUUUGGGAGUUUCAAAACUGGCCUGUAUUUACCUACUAGUGACAUCGACCUCGUGGUGUUCGGGAAGUGGGAGAACCUGCCCCUCUGGACGCUGGAAGAGGCGCUUCGGAAGCACAAGGUCGCAGACGAGGACUCGGUGAAGGUUCUGGACAAAGCGACUGUACCUAUUAUUAAAUUAACAGAUUCUUUUACUGAGGUGAAAGUCGACAUCAGCUUUAAUGUACAAAACGGCGUGAGGGCAGCUGACCUCAUCAAAGAUUUUACCAAGAAAUAUCCUGUAUUACCAUACUUGGUUUUAGUAUUGAAACAAUUCUUAUUACAGAGAGACCUUAAUGAAGUAUUUACAGGUGGAAUUGGUUCUUAUAGUCUCUUUUUAAUGGCAGUCAGCUUCCUUCAGUUACAUCCCAGAGAAGAUGCUUGCAUCCCCAACACGAACUAUGGUGUUCUCUUAAUAGAAUUUUUUGAAUUAUAUGGGCGACACUUCAAUUAUUUAAAGACUGGCAUCCGAAUAAAGGAUGGUGGUUCCUACGUGGCCAAAGAUGAAGUACAGAAAAAUAUGCUGGACGGCUACAGGCCGUCCAUGCUUUAUAUUGAAGACCCUCUCCAACCAGGGAACGACGUUGGCAGGAGCUCGUACGGGGCCAUGCAGGUGAAGCAGGCCUUUGACUACGCCUACGUCGUUCUGAGCCAUGCCGUGUCACCCAUCGCGAAGUACUACCCCAACAACGAGACGGAGAGCAUAUUAGGCAGAAUAAUCAGAGUGACGGACGAAGUCGCCACGUACAGAGAUUGGAUAUCCAAGCAGUGGGGCCUGCAGCACAGGCCCGAGCCCUCGUGCAACGGAAAUGGUGUUACCUUGAUAGUAGACACUCAGCAGUUAGAUCAGUGUAAUAAUAACCUAUCUGAAGAAAAUGACGCCCUGGGAAAAUGUAGAAGUAAAACCUCGGAGUCUCUUAGUAAACACUCUUCAAACUCUUCAUCAGGUCCCGUGUCUUCCUCUUCUGCCACACAGUCCAGCUCUAGCGACGUCGACUCCGAUGCGACACCAUGCAAAACCCCGAAACAGCUGCUCUGCCGGCCGUCCCCUGGGACCCGAGCGGGGCCGCCGGGUGUGGCCGUGGAGUCAUCGCAGGCAGGCGGGAAAAUGCAGAGCACCCAGACCGCCAGCUCGUCCGGCAGCAGCAGCAAACCGCAGCACGGGUCGGCGAGGCUGUUCCGCUCCUCCAGCAAAGGCUUCCAAGGUACAGCCCCAGCGGGCCACGGCGCCCUGAUGGCAAACAAACAGCAUCAAGGCAAACCCAACAGCCAGUAUUACCACGGCAAAAAGCGGAGGCACAGGCGGGACGCCCCCCUCUCAGACCUGUGCAGAUAGUUGGGGGCGCGCGGCGGACUGUCUUCUGAGGGCGGCGACCUCGCGCCCGGGACGGUGGCCUGGGGACUCCCGGACACACCCCGGAGCCUUUACACUGUUCUCACGUGCUUUCGCAACUGCGUUUUUUUCCCAGCUCGCCACGGAAUGGAUCAUGAAGACUGACAACUGCAAAACACAAAAAGCAGGAGGGGGGGGGAAGGCUGCUCGUCUGAUGAGUCUAUGCUACAACAGGGUCAUUUUAAGAUUUAAAGCUUGAAUGUAAAAUAAAUAUAUUUCCAUUGGCUUUAUGCAGAGUUAGAGGGCGUGGUGUUCGGUGCGGGUGGGGAAUAGGCGGGAACUGCCCGGGAUCGGGGCGGGAAGGAGAACAGGCAUCUCGUCAGAAGUCCGAUUCCAAAGGGGGAAGUGAUCUGUGCAUGUUUUUUUUGUUUUUUUAAAAUAUUUUUGCAUAUAUUUACCAUUUUAUUGUGUGUAUAUAUAGAUGACCAUAUAGGAAAUCGAUAUUUGUAAUAGUGGAUUUGUUAAUACUUUUUACAUAACAUUACUGUUUAAAUUGUAAACAGAUUUUUCUCAGGAUUAGUUUGCAAAAUAAUCUGAAUUGUCAUCUUAACAUCCACACGUAGGGAAGUGAUUAGUUCUGUUCCUCAUUUUGCUUUCCUCCGCAUCGAAAUGCGUGAUAGGACCCUUGUGACCUGCUGCUGCACAUGUGUUCCUCUCCGAAGAAAAGGUUGAUGGUGGCAAAUGAUGGUUAUUUUAUUUUGUAAAAACAAAUAUAUAUAUAUAUAUAUAUGUACUAUGUACUUUUGUGCAAACACUGAAAAAUCUCUAGUCAUCUCUAAAAAUUAACUUGCAACCAUUUUCUAGUGCUGUCGUCUUGGGCAGUGGGCAAUUACAUUGUUUUUUUUUUUUUCUGGCCUUUUUUUUUUCCCCCCAAUAGGGAAAAAAGGCCGCCGUGUCUGGUCGCAUUCCUGUUGCGGUGAGACCUGCAGUCCACAGCCUUUGCAUGCUGCCUCCUCUAACCCCGCGUGGGCUCCUGCUUGUUUUCCCAUCUCUUAUUCUUUUUUUAAAAUUCACGCUUAACUACUGUGGGAGAGAAUAACUGUAAACAGCUUUAAUUAAAUCAUACUUAUAAAAAACUAUUUUCUUAUACUCCACUUUAUGCUUUUGGUAUUGUUGAUCUUUCAAAAUUAAAUGGUCUUUGAUAAUGGAUCUAUUUUGUAUUGCCUUAUUAAGAUCAAAUACUUCUUGUCAUCCCAUUCUUUAUCCCCUCCUCCCAUGGAAUUAUCUUUAAUUAAAACUUUUUUAAACAUUGGCUUGUUUCAAUCAUACUGUAAAUUUUGGUUGUGGUCAGCUUUGAGUGCAAAUGAGAUGUAUACUUCUGUCAUUCGUCACAUGUUGAGUUUGAAACUUGGUUGGGAAUAUUUGCUAUGAUAGGAUGUAAGUGACAUUUCUGAAAAUGCUCGCUUUCGAGGUGAAAGCUCUCUGUUUAGCGUCGGUGUGUGUGGCUCUGUUAAUUACAGCCAUUUCCGAGAUGAGAUUCUUUUACACACACACACACGCACACACACACGCACACACACACACACACACAAAGUACUGUUGGCUUUUAGGAAUUUCUUUUAUAUACAUUUAUGAAAUACAGAAGACCAAUCAGACCAUUAAUGGACACUUAGUGCAACUUUUUAUAAAGAAAAUAAUGCUAAAAGUGAGACGGAAACCGAUGUCAUCACUGAAGUUAAUAAUUUUCAAUAUGUUCGUAUUUUAAUUCACAACAGAAAAUGUGUUCCGAACCUGGAAACUCAUAAUACUUGUGUGAACCGCGGAAGAUUUUAAAUGUGCUGUUACUUUGACAAUGUUUUCAAUUUUAGAGUCACAUUUUAUUCUGAUCUGAAUUUUUAUCAAGAUGUUGGUUGAGCUUUUGUUUUCUGAAACCAGUUUGUCAUAACAUAGCGUGUGCAUAAUCACAGUAUUUAUUUUCUAGGACUAUUGUGAAUGUGUAGAUUUAUGUUUACCGCUAAGGGAACAAUUAUUUAUAAAAUAAAAUUAAAUCCAGUAUUAGCUGCCUAUAUCUCAGACACUUAAUACUUGCAGAGAUCCGUGUUACAUUUACCACACUGAAGUUGUUGUUGUUGUUGUUUUAUUUUUAAAGAACCACCCUCAUUUUGUUGAAAGUGAAUGUAUUCUUAGGGUGCGGGUAACUAGUGUCCACUAAGCAUGUGAUUAUAUUAAGGUGGUGGUAGCGGGAAGAAAAAUCUUGAUUCCAUUGGGAAUCUUAGGUUUUCGUAAAUUUAUUGGGAAAAUAGUUUUUCCUGUACUGCUGAUGUUUCUUUUUGGUAAACAGUAUCUUUCUAAAAGAAAAAGCAUGACGGAGAAAUUGAGGUGUGUACAUUUCCUCAAACAACCAGCAUUGUAUUUGUGUAUCUUGCGGUGAACAGUGUGGAAGCUGUUCACUUUUCAAUCUGAAGUAAAAUACUUUCAAGAACUUUUA